AUGGCGGGUAUACACGAAGGUCCCGAGUUUGGCAUCGGGGACUUUGUCCUCCUCAGAGAUGUGACAUUGGAUGGAUUUAUGGAAAAUCUGAAGUUAAGAUUUCAGAAAGGAAAGAUAUAUACAUACAUUGGUGAAGUUGUAGUAUCAGUUAAUCCCUAUAGACCAAUAGAUAUAUAUAAUACCAGCUAUGUGGAACAGUACAGGGGGCGCGAGAUUUAUGAACGCCCACCCCAUAUAUUUGCCCUGGCAGACAGUGCCUAUAAAAACAUGAAAAGGAAUUCCAAGGACACCUGUAUAGUGAUAUCAGGUGAGAGCGGGGCUGGUAAAACAGAAGCAUCUAAGAUUAUUAUGAGAUAUAUAGCUGCUGUUACUAAUAUUAGUGGACAGAAAGAGGUGGAAAGAGUGAAAGACAUUCUGAUCAAAUCCAACGUUAUAUUGGAAACAUUUGGUAAUGCUAAAACUAACAGGAAUGAUAACUCCAGUAGGUUUGGAAAGUAUAUGGAUAUUAAUUUUGAUUUUAAAGGAGAUCCGAUUGGUGGCCACAUCAAUAACUAUUUAUUAGAAAAGAGUCGAGUUGUUUACCAACAAGAAGGAGAAAGAACAUUCCAUUCCUUUUAUCAGUUAUUGAGUGGAGGAUCUGAGAAGCAGUUGUCAGACUUAAAAUUAUCUCGAGAUUGUAGUAAAUAUUAUUUCAUAUCACAAGGUGGUAGCUCACAGGUGCCUACGAUAAAUGAUAAACGUGAAUUUAAAGCAGUUAAUGAUGCUAUGAAGGGUGCUGGAUUUUCAGCAGAACAUAUCAGCUCUUUAUGGAAAAUAGUGGCAGCUGUCAUUCACUUAGGUGAUAUAAAGUUUGAAGCUGAUCCUGACCAACAUGAACAAGUAUUGAUAUCUAACCAGAAUAACCUGAAUGAUAUAGCCAGAUUGUUCUCGGUGGAUGUUGACGCCUUACAGAAAGCCUUAUGUUUCCGAACAAUCGCUGCUGGUGGUCAGGUGGUGGAGAAAGGGUUAAAACAAACAGAAGCACAUUACGCCAGAGAUGCUUUUGCCAAAGCUACAUAUGAUAGAAUGUUUUCAUGGAUUGUGGGUAGAAUAAAUGAGUUAAUAGAUCCGAAGAUAAGUGGAUUGAAAUAUGUGGGUAAAAAUACUGUGAUAGGGGUUUUAGAUAUUUAUGGGUUUGAAAUUUUUGAUAAUAAUAGUUUUGAGCAGUUUUGUAUCAAUUAUUGUAAUGAGAAGCUACAGCAGCUAUUUAUAGAAUUGGUAUUAAAGCAGGAACAGGAAGAAUAUAUGAAGGAAGGAAUAGAAUGGCAGCAUGUUGAUUAUUUUAAUAAUAAAGUGAUCUGUGAUCUGGUUGAGUUACAACAUAAGGGAAUAUUAGCUAUAUUAGAUGAAGCUUGUUUAAAUGUUGGUAAAGUUACAGAUGUGAUGUUUUUACAGGCCAUGGCAACCAAAUUAAAUAAACAUGAUAGAUUUACCUGUAGAUCGUUGAAUGCUGCUGAUAAAACAUUACAACAUGAUCGAGAUUUCCGUAUUCGUCACUAUGCUGGUGAUGUAUCAUACAGUGUGAUUGGCUUUAUAGAUAAAAAUAAAGAUACACUCUUUCAAGAUUUUAAACGACUUCUAUACAACAGUAAAGAUGAAUUAAUAAAAUCAAUGUGGCCAGAAGGUAAACAGUCUGUCACAGAGACGACUAGACGUCCUGUAACAGCAGGUACUAACUUUAAAAACUCUAUCAUAGCCUUAGUGGAAAAUCUAGCUUCUAAGGAACCACAUUAUGUAAGAUGUAUCAAACCAAAUGAAUUGAAAUCUCCAUCUGUUUUUGAUGAUGAAAGAGUGGGCCAUCAAGUACGAUAUUUAGGAUUAAUAGAAAAUGUUAGAGUAAGACGAGCUGGUUUUGCAUUCAGAAUGCAUUACGAUAGAUUUCUACGCAGAUAUAAGUGUAUCUGUAAGAAAACGUGGCCUACAUUUCAUGGAACUGACUAUGAUGGUACAAUAUGUAUUAUUAAAGAAAAAGGUUUCUCAGAUGAUGUCAAAUAUGGUCGAUCUAAAAUAUUCAUCCGCUCGCCACAAACUUUAUUUGCGUUGGAGGAGGCCAGAGAUUCUGUGAUACCAUCAAUAGUUGCCUACUUACAAAAAAAUUGGCGUGGUGGACUCGGAAGAAUGAAGGCUAGAAAGGUCAGAGCUAUUUACAAGAUUAUGGCCAGAUAUAGAAAAUAUAAGAUGAGAUCCUACAUUUUAAAAUGUGUUUCAAUAUUCAAAAAUGUUCGUACUAUGCCUGGUUAUGGUAAGAAUAUCACUUGGCCUAGACCACCAAAUGUAUUAGAAGGCUUAGUGGCCUUAUUACUUAAAGUACAUAGAAGAUGGAGAGCAAAUAUGAUUUUACGUAACGUUCCUAUGUCGGAACGCCCAGUCUUAAGAUUAAAAGUAACGGCUGGUGAUGUGUUGAAAGGAAAGAGAAGUGACUGGGGAGUGAAGAGAAAAUGGGAAGGGAAUUAUCUAGCAUCUACAAAAGACAAUUCUGCCACAGCAGACUUUGUAUCUCAAGCUGCGACCUUGAAAGGUCAAGAUGGCUACAGUAAAAUUUUAUUUUCAUCUUUCGUGAAAAAGGUCAACAAACACAACAAGAUGGCUGAUCGUGGUAUUAUAAUCACCAAUAAAUCUAUUUAUAAACUGGACAGUAAGAAACGAUUUAAACCAAUGACCAAAGGUACACCCAUAUCAGAGAUAACUGGAUUAAGUAUAACCCCUGAGUCUGACCAGUUGGUAGUAAUACACCUGUCUGGAGGUAACGAUUUAGUUAUAUGUUUAAUCAGCCAGUCUGGAGAGGAACGUGUUGGAGAACUAGUUGGUAUACUCUGUUCUCAUUGGCAUAAAACAAUGAAGAAAGAUUUAAAGGUCAAUAUAAGUAAACAGUUUAAUGUUAUGUUAGGUGGAAAAUCGAGGACAGUUACUGUCAAAACUACUGUAGCCAAUGGUGGGCCUAGUUUUAAAAAGGAUGGACAGGGGUUGGCUCUCUUCUGGCCAGUGCAAUAA